UCACUUUAUUCACUCUCUGCCUGUGGAGUGAAGAGGACACUAUAGUUGGCGGGAUAUCUCACAUUUACACUCUUAUUUACACUGACGGCGAUGAAAUUUCAGUUUUAAGCGUUGGAAAUAAAUCGUCCAGGAUGACGGUGGAUUUUGAGGACUGCAUCAAAGAUUCGCCCCGCUUUCGGGCAAAUAUCGACGAGGUGGAGACGGAGGUGGUGGAGAUUGAAGCCAAGCUUGACAAGCUGGUGAAGCUGUGUGGCGGUAUGAUUGAAGCUGGGAAAGCGUAUGUCACUGCCAACAAGCUCUUUAUCAAUGGUAUCCGUGAUCUGUCCCAGCACUGCAAGAAAGACCAGAUGAUAUCGGAUUGUCUGGAAAAGUGUGGUGAGGGUUUGCAGGAGAUUGUCAACUAUCACAUGGACUUUGCGUAUGAUGAUCCAAAGUUGGAGUACAAUGUGGAUGCGCCGAAUGGGCUGGUGAUGGAGGGUUACCUGUUUAAAAGGGCCAGUAAUGCCUUCAAAACGUGGAAUAGGCGGUGGUUCUCCAUUCAAAACAGCCAGUUAGUUUAUCAGAAGAAACUAAAGGACUCUCUGACUGUCGUUGUGGAGGAUUUAAGACUGUGUUCCGUCAAACCAUGUGAAGACAUCGAGAGGAGAUUCUGUUUUGAAGUCGUGUCGCCCACCAAGAGCUGUAUGCUGCAGGCAGAGUCUGAGAAACUCCGGCAGGCCUGGAUUCAAGCUGUUCAAGCCAGUAUUGCCUCAGCAUACAGAGAGAGUCCAGACAACUACUAUAUUGAGCGCCUGGACCGGACGGCGUCUCCCUCCAUCAGCAGUAUAGACUCAGCGAGUGAAUCGCGCGAGCGCAGCGUCAGAGGAGAGAAUAUCCUGCAGAGGAUCCUCAGUCUGCCGGGGAAUCAGCAGUGCUGUGACUGUGCUCAGACGGAGCCACGCUGGGCCAGCAUUAACCUGGGCGUCCUGCUCUGCAUCGAGUGCUCCGGCAUUCACAGGAGUUUGGGAGUUCACUGUUCAAAAGUGCGUUCUCUCACUCUGGACUCAUGGGAACCGGAGUUACUGAAGCUGAUGUGUGAAUUGGGGAACAGUAUUAUCAACCACAUCUAUGAAGGCAGCUGUGAAGAGCAGGGCCUGAAGAAACCAGCACCCAACAGCUCCAGGCAAGAAAAGGAGGCCUGGAUUAAGGCGAAGUAUGUGGAGAAGAAGUUUCUGAAGAAGAUGAUGACGGGUGAGGUUGUGGUGAACGGCGGGAGGAAAUCUGAGCGGCGCUGGAACUCCAGAAAGUGCAGGAGGCACAACAGUGCCACAACCGUCCCCAAAACACACCGCAAAUACAGGCAGGAUCCAGGCAGUGCAUCUCCAGCAACCCUGUCCUCAGCAACUGCUGCUCUGGAGAGAAAGUUCAGACGGGAAUCGCUCUUCUGCCCGGAUGAGUUAGACAACCUCUUUUCCUAUUUCGACACUGGUUCAGGGCCUCGCAGUCCUACAGGUCUGAGCAGUGACAGUGGGUUAGGAGGCAGCACUGACGGCAGCACUGACGUCUUGGUGUUCGAGUCUGUGGUGGACAGCGUCACAGAGGAGGAGUGUGAGGUGUCUGAGGACUCUAGUAAUGAGGCUGAACUGGAGCCAGAAGCAUCAGAUCCUGAGGACUCGAGAGAGCUGGAUGCUGGAGCGUUACUCUACAAGGCCUGUCAGGCACGCAAUUUGCCUGUUAUGGCCGAAGCUCUGGCACACGGAGCCGACGUCAACUCUGUCAAUGAAGAGGACGAGGGGAAAAGCCCGCUCAUUCAGGCUGUGAUUGGGGGUUCUUUAAUAGCCUGCGAGUUUCUGCUGCAAAAUAGUGCUGAUGUGAACCAGAGAGAUCACAGGGGAAGAGGCCCGCUGCAUCACGCCACUUAUUUAGGACACACUGGGCAAGUGUGCUUGUUUCUGAAACGAGGAGCAACUCAAAACGACGGGGAUGAGGAUGGACAGGACCCGCUGAGCAUAGCGGUUCAAGCGGCUAACGCUGAUAUCGUUACUCUGUUACGUCUGGCACGGAUGAAUGAGGAGAUGCGCGAGUCGGAGGGCCCGUUCGGCCAGCCAGGUGACACCACAUACCUGGAUAUUUUCCGAGAGUUUUCCCACAUGGCAUCCCACAAUCCGGAGAAGCUGAAGCGGAGAAGUGUUCACUUCCGUCACUCCUUCAGAGUGUGAACGAGCCAUCGACACCAAUUUUUGGACACCAAUCCAGCUGGAGCAGAAGACACUUUGACUGGCUGUUUUCAAAUGAGUGAUGGACUUUAUUCAGCAAAUUGUGGUCAUGUUUUGUGUAUUUUAAUGAUAUUUUUAUAGCUUUAUGAGGGUGAGCUGGACUUAACCCUGCAGUGUUUGGUCUAUUUUCUUUAUUUGUCUUCUGCUUUAGUUAGACAGUAAAAGCACAUGCACACCAAGAACAAUAACUAUAAAGAAACAGUAUAAAGAUUACUUUAUUACCAUCCACAAUAAUGCACAAAAAUAUUCUGUUUAUGUUAUGCGAACGUUUAUCUGGAUGGAUUCUUAUGAUUGGCUUAUUUCAUUCUGGAUGAAAUUUUUCUGAAAGUGCACAAAUAACAUUCUUCUGUUUUGUUUUUGU